GUCGGGAUGUGCAGGUGGUAACGGAAGAAGGAAGAAAAUGUCACAACGUAUUAGGCUGACUGUGAACUUAACGAAGACACAAAUAAGGAUAGACUACAAGAUGGCUUGGUAAAGCUAUGGAGAAUGGCAAUACGAACAGUGUGAGAAACCUUCCUCCAGGAAGGCUGAACAACAUCAGGCAGCAGUUUGAGAAGAAGUCCAACAAUGGGCAUGUUGGACCAGCAUUACCAACCAAAACAUCCAGAGCGCCAAAAAUUCCAGUCUCCAGAGGGGAAGGUGCAAAGUCGCCAAAUGCGACCACGGACUUCAACCAAGAGAAUAAACUGGUACAGGAAUAUGGCGUGGAUAGGUCUACUCCUCCAAUACCACCAAAACAGAUGGCUAUACCACCUAUACCACCGAAAGAAAAUUCUACCGCAAGUAAAAUCCAGCUGUUCAGUCCCCCAGGCAAUAAUUUACCACAGUGCAACAGAGGAGUUACACCAGCAAGUAGGAAUAGCCCAGUGGGGGGUAGUGUGUUGCCUAUACCAAUCAGCCCUAAAACUGUUAUGGCAGAGGCAACUGGCAGCAAGGGAGACCACCAUGAUGUAAGGCAGCCGAAAGCUCUAGGACAAGAAGAUAUCAGCAAAAUGUACGCUGUGGUGAACAAAACCAAGAAUGGUGAAACAUCUACUGAGAAAGCUGCCAGUGGAGCGAGUGCUCCACACACUGCUAAGUUGUUUGAAGGCAACUCACAACAAACAAACAUAACUCCGAAAAAGCAAAAACCUCCAUUAACAGACAAACCUAGACUGUCAAAGAAGCCCACUUUCAGUGACAGUGAAAGCUCGCCAAAGAAAACUGGUGUGCGACAACGGUCCCCAAAACGUCCCGCUCCUGUUCCCGUGAAGGCAAGCCUCAGCUCUCCAGGAUUGAACAGCACAAAAACAAGCCCUGACCAAGCAUUACGCGAUGGAGAGAAAUCAAUCCAGGAAAGAGACGAGAGGACUUCAGCUCCUCCCAGGCCACCCCAGAAACCCCCAAGAACCCAUGCUCACGACAAAUACUUAGAUCCGAAAAUAGCAAAUCUGAAAAUCCGUAUAAGUCCCCGCCAAAGUAUCCAUUCAAAUUCAAGCUCAAGUAAACAGGAUGUGGCAGUGGCGAAUACAACGAAAACAUCCCUUCAUCACAGUAAAGACCACAGAAAUCAGGCAUAUUCUCAAAUGGAUAUAGACUUUAGUGACACAAGUUUAGGGGAUGAAAUUAACAGGCGGCCGAGCAGACCCAAGCGACCUCCUCCCCCUAGGCCUAAGUCUAGCCCAUCCUUUUCAUCGGUGAAAGGUUUCAGCUACCAGGAGGAUGUGUCCACAGGUCAGAAGAAGAAAGAACGCAGAUCUCCAGUGUUUGACAAACAUGGCAAAGUGCAGCAGCCUGAGAUGGUGAGAAACAUCAUGUACGAGCCCAGUGCAGACUUCCUGCCACUUCCUGUCCUCAAGCCGUCCCCCAGGCCCAUGCCUGUGACGUCUCCCCCAGGGGUGCACAAUGCGCUGCACAAUGAAAUAAAGAUGGGUCUGCUACCACCUUUCUUCAAAUCUCCUCCUACAGUAGACAGAGGGAUGUUUAGAAGCUGCAGUGAUGAGUGUCUCUACAUGGAGCCCAGUCUCUCUGGUGACCCAGUGUACAUGGAUCCUAUGGAGUCGUGCAGAGUUACUGCCCUUGAUGACACUUAUGCUUCUCAUGAUGUGGAGGUAUACAUUGAUGCUGAUGGCUAUGCUGUUCCGCACAGGUUUAAGAAGCAAGGUGGGCCCCAAUCACCGGGCCCUGGUAUGAAGGAUAAAUUCCGUGGCUUUUUCCAAAUGUUCUCUGAUCCACCACAAGAUCAGGACACUCCUAGGAAUCAGAAGAAGAGAAUUGCUGCUGGUGUGGUCCGAAAGUCCUGGGAUAACCUGCAGGAAUAUGUCAAGCAAAAGGUCAACCAAGCCUUCUCCCUCUUACAGAAGAUUGUUAAGAAGAGGGAAUCAUUUGGGGAAACAGUGAAGGAGAAUCCAGAUAGGCAGUCAAUUGAUAGUGACAGUUUUGUGGAUGUCUCAGAGAUAAUGAGAAGAGUGGAAUAUGUCCAGUCUGUGAAAGUUAAAACAUAUACCAGUGUAAGAAAUGUACGUAAGUUUAUGGACAAGAUUUACCCCCAGCUGUAUGAGUGUGCCAUUAUUGUGGAACUUCAUCGCAAACAGGUGGACGGCAGAUUGGUGAACCAGCCUGAGAUUAAACACAAAUUCCCAGAAAUAGUGAACAUUGCAGAAACCAUUCCAUUAUUCUGUUUUCCUGAUGCUGAACAUAUUAAUAUUAGGUUGUUGCAGCCAAAGAAGAGUGAAUCUUAUUCCUUUGUGUUGACUGAUGCAGAUGGCAGCCAUGUAUUUGGAUAUUGUAGACGUUACACUGUAGUGGAAGAAGGGAUGAAGAAGGUAGAAGUGAUAUGUAUACUGAGUCCUGUCAGCGCCUUCCAGAUGUACUCACAGUUGUUGGAUAGCCUAGAAAGCUGCAGGAAGAUCUCCUUAUAUUCAGCUCAGGAACUGAUAGCGUCAUCAUUUGGCAGACCCCUGCCCAAUCCUGGCAAGACAGUACAGAUCAGGACCAUGACUGAGGAAGGUGAAGUAGAAUCCCUCAUUUUAAAUCGAGCCUUUGACAACAGAUUGGAAAAUGUGAACUAUGAGUGUUUGUUGUCAGUAUUGGGUGUGGAUAAGCUAGUGAAGGUGUUUGCCUCAGUGUUGCUGGAAAGAAGAUUGCUGUUUUAUGCUAGUAAUUUAAGUGUAUUAUCUUCCACCAUUCAAGCAUUGACAGCUCUGCUGUACCCAUUCAUAUGGCAUCACACAUUCAUUCCUGUUCUGCCUCCUGCACUCUUAGAUAUUGUCUGUGCGCCCACCCCUUACAUUAUCGGAGCAUUGUCAUCAGAAAUGGUGAAAGUGGACACACUGCCAGUGGACGAGGCAUUAAUCAUAGAUUUGGACAGCAAAUGCUUGCUUAAAGUCUUUGGAGAUGAGUCAACAAUUUUGCCCAAGAAGGUGCACAAGGCUUUGAAAACAGCUCUCAAUUUGUGUAGAAUUGAGUCAGACAAGCGGUCUCAGAACCUGAUGAUGUCCGAGGCUUUUAUCAGGUUGUUUGUGGAGCUGAUUGGUCACUUUGGGGAAUACAUCCACACACAGCCAGACGGGAAGAAAGUUUUCAAGAAGGAUGAGUUCAUUAACGGAGCCUCUUCAGAUGGGAUUUGCCAGCUGCUUCAGUGGUUCACAGAUACUCAGAUGUUCGAGGUGUUUAUAACAGAUCAGCUGGAGAAAGAUCACCACAGAACUGCAGAGCUCUUCCUUACACGUAUUGUGGAGUACAGGGAAUCGGGUACCGCGCCCGCCUCUAUCAAAUUAAAUGUGAAAGAAUUUGGACGGAAAGUGAAAAACUUUGGGAAAGCCAUUAAAACUAAGCUGACAUAGAAGGAAUACAUUUUAUACUGCGGACAAGAAGACAGAACUGGACACGGUGCAGUGAUUAAAAUGAAGUUUAUCUGUUGGCUGGAUUUCAAAUAAAAUAAAACAGGAAAACUUUUAUGAGAUGGGGAGGUCACUGAGCACAGAAACUGGGGUUUUCUGUUUUUGUGAUGAUGGGAAUCCAAGUUUUAAAUAUUUUGGGGGGGAUUGUAUAUUUAACAGUUCAUAAGGAAUGUUUUUCCCCCGUUUUUUGUGCACUUGUGUGAUACUGUUUUUCCAGAUGUGCUGGUAUAUGAAAAAGCAUUUGGACCAUUUCAUAAAAAUAUGAGAAAAUAAUUCCUGAUUCAUGUUUUAAUAAAGAAGUUCCUCAUUUUUUCUAUAGAAUUUUAUCAAAAUAUCUUAUGUGGCCAAAGAAUGAAAACCAGUGAAGUUCUGUUCAAUUCACAUAAUAAUAUAUCUUUACAUCAUCCAGCAAAGAUGUACAUGUAUUGUAGAGUAAGACCAAGCCAUUAGACAAAGUCAUUAUCAUGUAUAUAUAGUUUGUAAAUAUUUUAUAGUGGUGUGAGAGACAUAUGUUAUUGACAAAUACUUCUGAAAGCAUAAUAAUUAAUUAUUGUUUGUGUCUUUGCCUACCUGUGUUACCAAAGGCAUAGCUUGGAGCUUUAUGUUUCUGUGUUAACAUGAAACAUUUCCUCUGUAAAUUUACUGUACAUUGUAAAUAGGUGUACAGUAGCAUCCAUUGUGCCAUCUUAUUUUUUUGUGUAUGUAUUUUGACGUGAUAGCUUGUUACUUAAUGUACAUUUUUUGACAUUUUGACAUUUAUACGAUAUGUGUGUAAUUCUCAAUGUUGGUUUGUGGCUUAUUUGUUAAGAUUUACAACCUUUUUUGGGCUCUACCUUGUAUACACCUGUACAGAUUUUUAAGUGUAUAUCAUAAUAUAUUUUAAAUGUUUUUCUCUUUCACAUCGUUUAUAAUCAAAAUCAGGAUCAAUUUAUCUCACAGGUAUUUAAUUAUUUUUUUUGUGUGAUAAGGAAUGUCCACAAGUGACCACAGUUACAAAGUUUAGCUUGGAAACAUUGCCAGUGUUAUUAAGCUCAGAAUUCAUUAGAGAACUGGAUUUCUGUACCAUAUUUUAAACUGUCUCUACACCUGAAUGUGCUAGCUCUGGGUGGGUAGGGUUAAGCCAUGAAGAGCUACUGGAAUAAGGGAUGCCCAAAAUUAUUAUUUUACCUCUGUUUUAUAGAGAUUAAACAAACAUUGGCUACCAUUUCUAGCCUCAGCAAAGCAGCUCUUUCAGUUCGUCGGUCAAGGGGUCAAAUUUUGGACAUCCUGUCUUUUUCAUGGGCCUUUCACUUAAUGAGGGGACUGAGUGCAGGACAUGAACUUUUUCGCAGGAUGUGAUUGUGGAUAUGCACUUGUGAAAGCAGUUAUCCAUGCAGACAAGAUGGAAGGCGUUAAUAUCUUAAUAGAAAAGCAGAGAAACUUUGGAUGAGCAAAAUUACAUGUACAAACAUUACCAAUAUCUAAAGAAAAUAUAUUUAGAUCAGGUUUGCAUUGAUUUACAACACAAUAACACACAUGGGAUUUAUGAUUGUAGAUGCCCUACAUGUGUGUAAAUUACAAAUUUAAUAGAGGGGGAGGGGGGAGUGUUAGUAUCCCUGUUACAGUGAAUGUCUUAGUACUUCAUGUAUUCAGCUGAAGUUUCUCCCACAGGUCACACAUUCAUUCCAUUGAUUAUGAUGAAAAUUAAUAUACAUGUAGGAGUAUGUUUUUAUAUCGAAAUUCUGUUCACUAAUUUAAAAAGAUCUGUCAGUUACUGAGAAAAAUAUAAUGUUCUGCCCAGUGUGUGUAUAAUACAUAUAUUUCCACAUAUGUUUUAUUAUUACAUUUCUUCACUAUUGCAAUUCAAACAUGAGAAGUAUCCAUACUGGUCCCAAUUUUUGUAGACACACACAUAUUAUAAUUCUGUUCCUACAGAUUUUACGUAGGAUAUUUUGUUGUAUGUGUAAAGUUCCUCUAUCUGCUGUUGAACUGUUUUUGUACUUUGUCAGAAUAGGAGCAUUCAUCACAAAUUUACACUUUAGCAGACUUAAUUGUUUUCACAUGACAUAUAAGCACAAGUAGAGAGAACAUUGUGGUUAGUGAAAUUCCCAAUGUUAUUUAUUUAAUACAUCUUGCUGAAAUAAAUGAUGCAAUUGUUUUUUUUUUUUUUUUCCAGUAUAAUGAAAACAUCAUUAUCAAAUAGUAUGCACAGAAGAUUUAAACUGGUCUUUAUUUACAGAAAUGUACACAUCUCACAAGAUCUGCAAAGUGGUAACAAUUUGGAUUUUAUGUCUCGACAUUCACACAUGAACUGGCAUAGUGAUCUAAGGUGUUCUUACUGAAGCCCACAAACUUUUUACAGAGCUUGUCUGUCUCUCUGUCUGUCUGUCUGUCACACUUUGGCUUCAAUGCAUUAACUCCUCCAAAUUUCGCCUGAUUUUGAUUAAAUAUGGUGUGUGCAGGUGAACAAGUUUGAACACAUGAUCAAACCAUGCAUAUAUAUGUAAUGUUUGCAUGUUUAACUUUAGUUCCUGUGCUGUAACUGCUACAAGUAUUGUCCGGUUUAUUAAAAUUUUGUGUGUGGAUGUAUUUUUGAGAUGUUUCAAAACCAGCUUGUUCUAAGCAUACGUGUGUAUAUGUUCCAUGUGUAUUAUGGGAUGUAAAUGAUCUGAAUUUACUAAAAAUCAAAUUCAAUCAGCUUGGGCCUUACUUUGGAAAUUCCAUCAGCCUUACCCAGGCUGUGCUGAGCUCCCCCUAUUCAUAAAAUAUUGUCGACUACUGCAUAUAACACAUUUCAGUAAAGUAUUUAUUUGAUUGGUGUUUUAUGCCAUACUCAAGAAAUUUUCACUUGUAGGACACCGGCCAGCAUUAUGGUCGAAGGUAACUGGGCAGAGCCCAGGGGAAAGCCACGAACAUCGGCAAGUUGUUGGCAGACCUCCCCACGUAUGGCCGAAGAGGAAGCCAGCAGGAGCUGGACUUGAACUCCCGGCCACUGCAUUGGUGAGAGGCGUCUGGGUAAUUACGUUGUGCUAGCGCUAACCAACUCAGGCACGGAGGCCCCUCAUUUCAGUUAACUAUGUAAAUGACGAAUACAAAUGUGCUCGACUGAGUGAAGUCAUUGCAUCUCCAAAGCAUUGAACUUGUCUUUGUGACUUGCUUCUAUAGUGCAUUUGUUAAUCUAGCAUUGUAUUCCCUUCUGGUAAAAUUCAAAGCAGAAACUCUUGUUGGUGUAUGUUAAAAUUGUUUUCUUCAUUUGUUUCAUUGACUGGCUGACUGACUUACUGCCAGUGUAAUUCUGCAUAUGCGUUUUGUUAAACUUUAUCUCCAUGAUUUUAAUGCAUUUUGUGGAUGAAACAAUUAUAUUUCACAUUUUUGACGUACAGACUAUAGACUAUGCCUGAUAAUUGUAAAUCUCUCAUACUUAUAAAUCCAUGAAAAUGCUAAAUCCCUGAAAAUGAUGAAUCCAGAGCAGAUUACCCACAAAGCCCACUUCGUCACAGUGUUUUUACCAUACGUAAGUUCGCCAGUCGCUUGCCUGGGUGAUGUGGUUAUCACCCAAGGGCUUCCAUGAAGGUCAGAAAAUAUUGCAUACUUUAAGAGAGUAUGCGAAGAAAUUUUUUUUUAAUAGCCAAACAUUAUUAUUUGGAUUCCAGUUCUUGACAUGUAAUAAAUGUAAAGGCCAUUCUAUGAAAUUUACAUCCCUUUUCUAUGUGUGUCGCAUAAAUAUCGUAAGUAUUAAUUGUGGGUGAGCAGUAGCGCUUAUAUGUGUGGACAGUAUUUUCAGAUAACGGUAAUGUUCUACCUUGGUGGGUCACAGUAGGGGUCCCAUGUCUUGUAAUGCUUGUAACGAACUAUAUAUAGUUUAUAUAGACCAGGUUCCCUCACUGAAGAUAUAGUCACCUGAUGGUUAAGUGGUGAAUUUCUCAUGCUUCAAAACCGGAUGUUUUGUGAUGAUAGAAUUGCUCAAGCCAACAAAGAGAUACAUUGUAUAUAGGUAAAUAGUUGUUAAUACUGAUAAAAUAAUUCUUCAUUCCCAUGACAGAACACGUGAUAAAUUGACGUGUCAAUAGUUUGAAAAUUGCUGUAUUUUGAUAAGUUUUUUUUCCAUAACAUAGAUUUAGCCACGAAACUGUACAUAGAGUACAUGUUUGUGUUGUAGAAACAGAUCGUGUUGUUUUUUGUAUGCUUAUACAGGCAGACGUCAGUUUGUCAGAUUUGUAAUGCUACGUUUUAAUGCUAAUGUUAAAAAUAAUAAUAAUAAAAUGAUACU